AUGUCUUCUCUCUUCUCCACUACCAACAUGUUCUCAUUCUUCACUGUCAUGCUUCUUCUUCAACUAUUGACUAUAAACCUUCACAGUGCAGAUGCUCAGGUUGGUGUGUGUUAUGGCACAUUGGGCGAUAAUUUACCUCCGGCAAAUGAAGUGGUAAGCCUUUACCAAUCAAACGGUAUAACAAGGAUGAGAAUCUUCGACCCUAAUCAUGAUAUACUAAAUGCACUUAGAAAUUCAAACAUCGAGCUCAUUCUUGGGGUGCCAAAUGUCGACCUUCAAUCUCUUGCCGCCUCAGCUGACAAUGCUAUUCAAUGGGUGCAAAACAAUGUCUUGAGUUACUUUCCCUUUGUCAAAAUCAAGUACGUGGCAGUUGGCAACGAAGUGAACCCCGCUGGAGGGUCCUCUGAGUUUGCCCCAUACGUUCUACGUGCAAUCCAAAACAUAUAUGAAACUAUUAAGGCUCAAGGCCUUCAGGAUCAAAUAAAGGUCACAACAGCCAUUGACACAACCAUUUUAGGAAAAUCAUACCCCCCAUCACAAGGCUCCUUCAGAGAUGAUGUGAGGUCAUACAUAGACCCUAUAAUCGGCUACUUGGUAUUCGCAAAUGCACCUUUAUUAGUCAAUGUGUACCCUUAUUUUAGUUACUCUAAUAACCCUAAUGACAUAUCACUUCCCUAUGCUCUUUUCACCUCACCAAGUGUUGUGGUAUCAGAUGGUCAAUAUGGAUACCAAAAUCUGUUUGAUGCUAUAUUGGAUUCUGUGCAUGCUGCAAUUGAUAGCAUUGGAAUUGGUUCUGUGGAGGUUGUUGUGUCCGAGAGUGGAUGGCCAUCGGAUGGAGGGUUUGCUGCCACUUAUGACAACGCAAACACUUACUUAGAUAAUUUGGUUCGUCGUGCUAAAACAAGUAGUCCUAGAAGACCCUCAAAACCCACAGAGAUUUAUUUAUUUGCUAUGUUUGAUGAGAAUCAAAAAAAUCCUGACAUAGAGAAACAUUUUGGACUGUUCUCUCCUAGCAAAGAAAAGAAGUAUCCAUUUGGUUUUUAA